UGAAUGGUGUUAUCCAUCCGGCUGGACUGUUUGCUCGUUGGUGGACAUGCUGGAUGUCUCUGGUCUCUUGUCUAGUCUUAUGUCAGCUGGUUAUCGAAACGUUCAUGUAUUAUAGAACCCCAGGCUUCAGAAUGGUUCAGUAUGGUUUGGACCUUUUCCUCUUUAUGGAUAUAUAUGUGAAGCUACACUGGGCAUACUUUUUGCCGGACGGACUUUUGGUCACCCAUCCCCUGAAGACGGCAGGAAUGUACGUUUUUGAGGGGAAUUUCGUAUUUGACGUUCUCGUUCUGGCGCACCCGGAAAUGAUGCUCUACGUACUUGGAUAUACUUCAUUUCUUGGCUAUGGUCUUGGAGCCACGUGGUACACGAAGCUUCGGUGGAUUAGAUUUAUUCAGAUCAAACGAAUAUCUCCAAUAUUCAAAAUAAUUCACUCAGUUUUCGAAUAUCGGAAUGCGAUAUUGUUCUUUUUAUAUGUAAUGAUGACCUUGCUAGUUUGCACGAUCGUUGCAGCUAUUGCUUUGGCUAUCGGCUGCCCUUGGGAAGCAAACGACUGGAACGAUGGAGAUCAGUACAAGCUACCGUUUUGUCAUCCAGAUACCUGGGCCGUCAAAAAAGGUGAUGGUCUAAUGCACAAUUUUUCGGAUCGGUGGAUUGUCGGAGUUUACUACGUGUGUCAAGUAAUUUUAGUCGUGGGAUUCGGAGACAUGAUCACACUGAAAACUGGGGAAGUUUAUCUCUUGAUUUUCAUGUCAAUUUUUGGGUUCAUUUUUAUGCGCUGCAUUGUCGCGGAUAUCACGGCAGCAGAAGUGGACAGUGAUGAAGUCAGAUCGAAUUAUAUUGAUCAGAUGCAUCGUUUGAAAAAGAUUUUGAAUCGAGAAAAUGUCAGCCAAACCAUAAUUAGAAAUGUUCUGGAGCAUUUGAAGCAUAGCUGGAAACAAUCGAAAGGUCUCCAAUCGCGAGAAUUAUUUUCCGAUCUUCAUCCUGCCCUUGAGACUGACUUGUACGAGGCGUUUGUGGGGGACAGACUAGGAAAAGUUCCUCUAUUCGAAGGACUUCCUCCAAGUAUACUUCGCAAUAUAUGCAAAUAUGUUAAAAAAAUAUAUUUUCUCACUGGCGAGAGAUUGUCCCGAUUUGGAAAUUUGGAGUACCACAUGUACAUAAUCGUAUCUGGCAAAGUGUGGGUCACGGACCGUUUUCUGAAUUACGGAUGCACACUUCAUAAAAAUGAAACUUUCGGAGAGUCUGGCGUUAUUGGGCAGAUUCCUGGGAGGUUCACCAUAAUUGCUUGCGAGAAUGUAGAAAUCUUUGCCAUCAGCCACGCGGAUUUCGAGACAAUCCUGAAUCGCUACCCCGUUGUAAAAACAAUUUUAAGUCUGCGAACUGGAAACGGACACUACGACUUUUUUGAAAAUAAAAUUCAUGACAUGAUCGAUUGGCUGAAUGGUAUGGAAGGUGAAGAAAAAGAUCACAGAGUCGACGCCCUUGUUGCAAGAACUCAAGUAAUUAAACAUCUCGUGUACGGGAGGGAAGACCCACGACAAGAGGAUUUAGAAGAUGAAGACGUUUCACUAUUCAAGCGAAAAAAGCGAAGUGUAUUCAUUUCAUUCGGCACUGAUGAUGAUAACCUUCCUCUCCUCUAUUUUGUAGCCCAGCGUUCCAGGAAAACUGGAAAGCUUACAUUGUUUCCGCCACUAUUACAUCCCAAUUGCGGCUUUCUCAAGCUUUUCCUCAGUCUGAUUUCAUACAUUUGUCUCCUAUCUCCUGCAGUUUCAACGUUUGAAUUGUGCUUCCCUCCGGUAGAUAAAAAAUACCUAGCCGAUCCACAUUCAGACUUUAUCAACACUUUCUCCGACGUAAUGGCCUAUUGCAUGGUUGGUUUCAUUAUUCUCCGGAUAUUUAUGUCUUACAAAGACUCGGAAGGUACCUACGUAAAGAGUUCGUGGUGCGUGGCUGUAAAUUACUUUUGUUCACCAUCUGGAAUAUGGUUGGAUCUUGCUGCUGCGAUACCAUCGUUCGUAUGUCCUGAUCCAAGCAGCACGGAUACAAGAUUGAGAUACUUUCGCAUUAGUCGAGCUUUAUGGCUGUUUCGGUAUUUCGCUCAUCAUUUCGAUACUAAGGACGACCUCUCAGUCAGCACAUUUCAGUUCAAAAUUAAGAUUUCCGUCGUUUCAUUCGUAUUCAUGGCUCACAUAUUGGCCUGCAUAUUCUACACAAUUUCGGCUUGUUUAAUUGUUGAGAUAAAGGGUGAGCUAAGCUACCAAUGUUCUGGGAACUAUAGCGUGGUGGAUACUCCUAUUGAAACAUGGACUCACAAAUUUAUCGAAGAUUCUGGAAGAUCACAACAUAUUGACUGUAAAUUUCAAGAAUUUGUUAAACCAUGGCGUUGGUAUGUAAGAUCUCUCUACUGGGUCGUGACGGUUGUGAGUACGACAGGGUUCGGAGACAUCACGCCACGAAAUGUUAACGAGAUGAUCAUGGGAAUCGUUGCCGUAUUUUCCGGAGCAUUCAUUCUGUCCAUCAUUCUGAGUCACUUCACUGCUGGGAUGGCUUCGUUGAGCAAAGCACACAGAGAAUACAUAUAUCAAGUGAAGCUUCUGGUGAAAUAUCUUCGAAACAUUGGACUCUCUUCACUGCGUCAGGAACUCGUCCAACUAUAUUUUGAAACAGUGUGGGCCAACGUAGAGGGGAAUUUUUAUCACAAAGCUGCCCGAAUAUUACCCCCAUCCCUGCAAAUAGAAGUUUCACAUGCCCUUUUUGAAUCAGUGCUGAGCCAAGUAAAGUUUUUCAAAUGCAAGGACACCAACUUUAUUCGUCAAGUGGCGAGUCGAGUGGAACAUUCAGUUUAUCUCCCAGGCGUCUGCAUUGUGAAGGAAGGUGAUCAAGGAAAUGCCAUGUACGUCGUAUACAAGGGAAGAGUAUCCGGAAUUGUUGAUGGAGUCGAUAUUGAUAACGAACUCAAGAAUAUUUACUUGGUGGGUGACACCUUUGGCCGCUUUCCUGCCCUUUUUUUCGAUGAGGCGUACAAAAAGUCAUACCGGGCAGAAGAAUAUACGGAAGUUUUGGCAAUUUCUCAACACGAUAUGCUGAGUCUUACUAAACUGUAUGAAGAUUUCUGGAAAAUUCUACUCACCUACAUUGACAAGAAAUACGAUGCGAGCGGUUCUGCGGAAUGCAUUUUUUCCAAUCAAAGGGAAAAGAUUUCCGACAUUCUUGACUUAAAAGAAUACAACAGGAAAAAGCAAGAAGAGAAAGAAAAGGAGCUCCGGGACAAGCACGAUGUGAACAGGAAACUUGAUAAGAAAAAAAUCACUCUCAAGGAUCCACACGGGGACGAGGGACAUUUCGAUCUUUUGGACGAUAAUUCAACAUUUCAUGCUGCACCAACAAAAUCGACAGGUACCCAACAUGGCAAGGACCAACAAUCACGCACCAAUAAGAAAAGUCAGCAUCACGACGCUAAACUCAAAACGGGAAGAAAAUCCUACGCCAAAAUUGAUUCCAAACGAAAAACAGAAAAGAAAGCUGCAAACGUUCGAUUCAGUGCUACUGAAGUUUCUGGAAUCAACGAUGCCGAUUUGAUAAAUCAACUAGCAAUGAUUGAUCAAAACCCUGCAACGGAAGAGUGGGACAACAAUCCAAUACAAGAAUUAUAUGAAGUCGUAAAGGAAACUAGGAGUAAAAGAACAGUAAAGAAGAAAACUCCGGAAAAACUUUCUGGUAAAAGUGGUAAAAAACAAACCAAAAGGAACUCCCCUGCUAAAGGACAAACUAAACGGCACUCCCCUGCUACGACACAAACCAAACGGCACUCCCCCGCUACGACACAAACUAAACGCAACUCUCCUGCUACUACACAAACUAAACGUAACUCACCUGCUACCCACGGUCAUCCAGCAGGCCCCACCACAAAAACAACAACCCCAGUUCAUCCUCAGGGACAAAAUGAUUCACUCGGAGACUCUCAACAGAAACAAAUACCUAUUGGACACCCUCCAACCGCAGCAGCUCGAACAUCAUUGGAUCCACCACAAGGACAGCAAAAAGAAGAUCCACCAGAUCAUUCUCAUGUACAGUUCCACGAGACUUCACAACAUCCGCAGCCUGUUCAUGGUCAUACUGUGACUCAUGGGAAACAUCAAACUAAAAUUCCUCACGAUCAUCAUCAUUACAGUCAUCAAAAACGAGCUUCACACUCACUUGGUCAUCCUCCGUCCCAUCCACCCCAUCAAUCCGCUCCAGCUAGUAAAUCAGGUGGUGGACGUUUGUCAAUGUCACACCAGCUGGACAAUGCUGACCAUUCUCAUCCCAGUCAUCCAAAACCCGCUUCACACCCACUUGGUCAUCCACCUCUCCAUCCAUCCGCUCGUGGACGGAUGUCAAUGUCACACCAAGAUACUGAUCAUCAUCCGGUGACCGGGCACCCACCACCUCGACGCCGCUCACAUGCUGCUGCUUCUGCUCGACGCCAUUCACAUGGUCACGAACAACCCCACCCACCACAAUGAAUCCUAAAUAAUUAUAAUAAUCUCAGUUAUCACAUGUAUACUCCUCAAAUUUAAGUGCAAAUAUGUUAAUAAUUGUUAAGCAGUGUCUAUUAAUGUAAGGUAAUGCAACCUAAUGUAAAACCUUAUACACCAGCCCUUUCAUAAAUAUGUUUUAAUUACAUCUUCUAUUUUUACUUCUUUAACAACGUUAUUUUACAACUCAUGUGUACCUAAACAGCAACGUAAUUGUGCAAUUAUUUAUUUAUUUAUAUCCAAUUAUUUCCA